UGCCGCGGUGGCUGAUGGGAUUGCUAAGCCGCUGCUGUGGACAUGUCCGCCAUGUUUUCCGCGGCGCAGGGAGCGGAGCAGCCCGGAGAAAUGGCCCCUACGUCCCGUUAAAUCCACAUGCUGAUGAGUCCUCCUGCCGGUUACCGGAAUAGCGGACACAGAUGAGCUCUACUGCGGCAGACACAGUCGCGGCCGGAGCGGAUUCACGUCGGUAUUGGUGCGGGUUUGUGGCGGGAUUCGCAGUUCCUUCGGAUUGUCGCUGAUUUGGCGCAAACAAUGAGUAAACUCUCGUUCCGGGCGCGAGCGCUAGACGCCGCCAAACCGCUCCCGGUUUACCGCAACAGGGACCUGCCGGACCUGACCGACUGCGUGUCCAUUAACCGGGCCGUCCCGCAGAUGCCCACCGGUAUGGAGAAAGAAGAAGAGCUGGAGCACCACCUGCAGAGGGCAAUCUCAGCCCAGCAAGUGUUCAGGGAGAAGAAGGAGAACAUGGUGAUCCCUGUACCCGAAGCAGAGAGUAACACCACCUACUACGACCGGCUGUACAAAGGAGAGGUCAAAGUUCCCAAACAGCUCAUCCACAUACAGCCUCUGGGUCUAGACCUGGAACACCCGGACUACGACAUGGACUCAGAGGACGAGACGCUGCUCAACAGACUGAACAGAAAGAUGGAGAUCAGACCUUUGCAGUUUGAGAUCAUGGUGGACCGAUUGGAGAAGGCCAGCACACACCAGCUGAUCUCUCCAUCAGAGGCGAAGCUGCUGCUGAAUGAGGAUGACUACCUGCUGAAGUCGGUAUAUGAUUACUGGGUGAGGAAGAGGAAGAACUGCCGGGGUCCGUCACUGAUUCCUUACAUCAAACAGGAGAAGAGAGAUGGAUCCACCAACAAUGAUGCCUACGUGGCCUUCAGACGGAGGACUGAGAAGAUGCAGACCAGGAAGAACCGUAAGAAUGACGAGGCGUCGUAUGAGAAGAUGCUGAGACUGAGGAGAGAGUUCAGUCGGACUGUCACCAUCCUGGAGAUGAUCAAGAGGAGAGAAAAGUCCAAGAGGGAGCUGUUGCACCUCACCCUGGAGGUUGUGGAGAAGAGGUAUCAAAUGGGAGACUUCAGUGGAGACAUCCUUAGAGAGGUUUCGCUGCCUCUCAUGGAGAAACCAGUGUACAGCACUCCAGUUACUCUGAACAAUGGGAACAGAUACAAAACUGACAUCAAGAUCAAGAUGCAGAAGAAGCAGGAGUCCAUUAGAGAAGAGCCUCCCUUCGACCUGCUCAGAACGAAGAAGAAGAACAUCAGACGGGACAGAUUAUGUCCUCCGCAGAGACGUCCUGGUCGACCCCCCGGUCCCUACACCGUCAACCAGGCCGAUAUCAAACAGUAUGACUUCCACAGCUCAGGAGAGGACGACUGUCCACCACCACCGCUGUCUCCUCCGUCCUCACCUGAUGAAGAGAAUAAUCCUGAUGGAGUUUUUGUCUUCAGGAGGAAAGCUGGAUGUCAAUAUCUCUCUCCUCAUUCGGAGCAGAUGGCGGGAGACAGUCAUCCAGAGCUCCUCCCUCUGUGCCUCCGUCACUCUCUGACUGAACUGUCUCUGCCUCCUCAUUGGAUGGGACUGAGCCGCCGCAGGAUAGGACGAGGGGGCAGGAUCAUCCUUGACCGAGCCUCCUCAGUCUUGGAUCAAGUACUGAAGCAGCUGGACUCUUUAGCACAUCCAGUCUUCAGGAACAGUACCAGUCCCCGUGUCCACCGAGAUCAGCCAGUAACACUGGACCAGAAACCUUCCCUGACCUCAGGAACCACCCUACCCUCCCUGACUGAAGUCCUGAACAAUAUCCAGAACCUGAGGAGGUUCUGCUUUAGACCCAGACCUGUUCAGGACCAGAGGGAGGGGGGCAGAGGCACCGGAGGGUUCACAUUGGACGACAACAGACUCACCUGUCAUCUGUCGCCUGACCACAACUCUGGAUCAAAUGAGUUAUCAGCAGGGGGUAUCACUGAGGAGCAGUACCACAGUCAUAAACAACAGCUUGUCCAGAUGCAGAAACAACAGCUGGAACAGCUGCAACUACAGAACAACACUGCUUCACACAGACACACAGCACUGCACAGAACACAGUCCAUCUGGUCAGGUGAGUCGAGUUCGAAAACUCUGGACUCAGCCAGCGCUCAGUUUGCAGCCUCAGCUGUGAUAAGCGCUCCUCCACCUCCUCAUGGUCACAUCAACAGUGAGAUCAAACCCUACAAGACCAGUGUCAACGGAGUCCAUCCUUCAGGUCCCUCCAGGCCUCCGUACUCCUCCACCUCUCUCAGCAGGUCAGGGCUUUCAGCUCGGGGGUCAUUGCCCUCCUCCUCCUCCUCCUCCUCUUCCUCCACUCAGUCCCUCCCCAACCAGAGGAGCCAAGUGGGGGCUGUCUCCCCUGCCCACGCCCACACUGCUCGACCCUCCGCCCCUCCAACGUCUGCCUUAAAGCUCGCUACCAUCGCCGCCAGCCUUGACCGUGUGCCCAAAGUCUCCACUGCUAGAGACUCGAAUGAUUCGGAGAGGCGUCUGAACGGACUGUCAGAGACCACGCUGCCCAUGGAGGUAACAUAACAUCAUAUGCCAUCAGCCCCUGCUCCUCAGUGUCUGACCGUUGAAUGUGACAUGCCAUGACCUCCAGAACAAGAUGAUGAUGAUGAUGAUGGCCUCUCUGAGUAGAAUCGGAACAUUUUACUGAGAGCUGAUGUUAUUACUAUUAUUAUUGUUAUUAUUGUUAUUAUUGUAAUAAUUGUUGUACAGUUUGUAAAUGUCUCUGAUGUAAAAUAGUUUUUGUUUCACCAGUUUAGUUUCUGAAGCAGGUUAUCAUCAUGUGACUGCAGAAUCAACUCUGAACUCACAAGAAGUCCUGUAUCUUCGCUCUGAUUGGUCUGUGAUGAGUCGUGUCUUUGCUCUGAUUGGUCCACGAUGAGUCUGUAUCCUCGCUCUGAUUGGUUAUUUAUUUCUCACGUUUACAUUUUAUAUUUCUAUUAGCAAUCUUGUUUUUUUUCCCCAAAGAUUGAAAACAUUUAAUUUGGUUUCACAGAUUGAAACAAUGUUUUUGUGACCUGUUUGUUUGUACCGGGAUUUAGUUUUUAUUUUUUACGCGUUUGUUAAAGAAUCUCUCCAUGGCCUUCUGAUCACUGAAACCCUCAUUGAAAUAAAAAUAUGCAUCUUUUGAAAAGAGAGGUGGAUCUGCAGCCGUAACAAAAGUUUUUUUUAUAUAAUUAAAUGUCGGUGGCGAAGUCAAACAGACGCUGAUCAGACAGGUAUGAACUGAAGCUCUGACGUGUUUCACUCUUUUCUGUCUGUUUAUGUUUCAUUCUCCAGACGUUAUCAUGUAGAGAAGAAGUGUCACAGUUGGCAGGUUCACUCACUGUUCACUCUGUUUCUGCGUCAGGUAAAAAAUGCUGAGAAAUAAAAAUACAUUGA